AGAAAUUUAGACGAAGAGACUCUCUACCACUGUUGGUUGCCAAGUUCCUCUUUCCUUAUCUCUCUCUAGUCGCCAUAAUAACUUUUAUCUCCACCGAAGAAGAAAGAAGAAGAAGAGAAGAAUUUCAAUAUCCAAAAGUGUGUGUUUUUUUGCAUGUUUACUGUGUGAGGGAGAGAGAGAGAGAGAGAGAGAGAGAGAGAGAGAGAAGCAAGGAAGAAUCAAAUCAAUAAUAACCAGUGUGUUUUUGGUGAAUCACUCAUUUUGUGGUUCGUGAAGAGGGUUAGGUGGGAAAUGACGCGAAUGCUACUGAGCAUCCCAUCGCCGUCGUCGAUGAAGAUGAUUGAUCUGUGGUCAUCGUCAAAUUGGUGGGAAGAGAUUAAUGAAUCAAGGAGCUGGCAAGAUGGAAUCUUCUUCACUCUCUGUGCUUUUUAUGCUCUUGUAUCCGCCAUAGCUCUUAUUCAAUUAAUUAGGAUUGAAGUCAGAGUGCCCGAGUAUGGUUGGACAACACAGAAGGUUUUCCAUCUCAUGAAUUUCAUCGUAAAUGGAGUGCGUGCCAUUGUUUUUGGAUUUCAUAUGCAAGUAUUCAAUUUGCCUCUCAAGGUUUGGAUCUGGAUGCUACUGGAAGUUCCGGGACUACUUUUCUUUUCAACUUAUACUCUCCUUGUCCUAUUUUGGGCGGAGAUAUAUCACCAGGCGAGAAGUUUGCCAACAGAUAAACUCAGGAUCACUUAUGUGUGUGUUAAUGUGGGAGUUUAUGUCGUUCAGGGUUGUAUCUGGAUAUACCUGUGGGUAGACGACAGCAGCACCGUUCAAUUUGUAGGAAAAAUAUUUAUUGCAGUUGUAUCAUUUAUGGCAGCACUUGGUUUCUUGCUUUAUGGAGGAAGAUUAUUCUUCAUGCUGCGACGGUUUCCUAUUGAAUCUAAAGGGAGAAGGAAGAAACUUCACGAGGUUGGAUCCGUGACAGCAAUAUGCUUUACAUGUUUUGUUGUAAGAUGCUUUGUGGAUGUUGUAUCGGCUUUUGAUUCUGAAGUGUCAUUGGACGUUCUUGAUCAUCCGGUCCUAAACCUCAUCUUUUACAUGGUAGUUGAGAUCCUGCCUUCAGCUCUCGUGCUGUACAUUCUACGGAAGCUGCCUCCCAAGAGAGUUUCGGCACAAUAUCACCCUAUUCAUUAGUUAAGACUGGUUUCUGGAUCCCAUUUCUUGUAUAAUACACAACUUAUUUGGAUUGAAAUUAAAUCUGAAACCUAUGCUUGUUCACUUUGCAUUUGUUUGGAAUUGCUGUAAUAUUUUUGUGGGAAAGAACUAGGAUAAUGGGUAAAAUUUUCUAAUAAAUAGAGAAUGAUGUGUUGAUU